UAAACAAAAAUGGGAGCCUUAGCAUGCUGUAGCGUUGUGAUGACAUGACUCGAUCCUUUACAGUGACAUUCCUUCAGAUAGUAUUUGAACAUUUGAUAUAUGUCCGCGGUUUUUGAUGUGAGAUUUGCAACAGAUCUGAGGAUUAAGCAGCGGAUGUGAAAUCUGUGAUGAACAGCUCGGGUCAUGAUGGACAGCGAUCUGAGCCCACAGGACAGGAAAGACUUGGACAAAUUCAUCAAAUUUUUCGUCUUGAAGACAGUGCAGGUGAUAGUGCAGGCUCGUCUGGGCGAGAAGAUCUGCACUCGCUCCUCCUCUUCCCCCACAGGCUCAGACUGGUUCACCCUGGCAAUUAAAGACAUUCCAGAGGUGACCCAUGAAGCUAAGAAAGCUCUGGCUGGGCAGCUGCCCAGUGUCGGGCGCUCCAUGUGUGUGGAAAUUUCCCUGAAAACAUCAGAGGGGGAUUCAAUGGAGCUGGAAACAUGGUGCUUGGAGAUGAACGAGAAGUGUGAAAAGGACAUUAAAGUCUCCUACACGGUUUAUACGCGUCUGUCCCUGCUUCUCAAAUCUCUCCUGGCCAUCACGAGAGUUACUCCUGCCUACAAACUGUCACGCAAACAAGGCCACGAUUAUGUCAUCCUGUAUAGGAUAUAUUUUGGUGAUGUACAGUUAACAGGACUUGGUGAAGGUAAGACUUUCAGAGCGUUGCAAGGUUUCCAGACAGUACGUGUAGGAGUUGUAGGUACUCCCAUAGGAACCCUCACACUCUCCUGUGCAUACCGCACCAAUCUGGCUCUCAUGUCCUCCAGGCAGUUUGAGAGGACGGGCCCCAUCAUGGGGAUCAUCAUAGACCACUUCGUGGAACGUCCACUUGGGAACACGGCCCUCAUGCACCCCUGCAACUACAGAGCUCCAGGUGAGGAAGAGGGAGGGGUUUACGCUGGAGUGGAGGAUUCACAGGAAGUGUGCACCACCUCCUUUUCCACUUCUCCACCUUCUCAGUGUCCGUGUACAGUAAGUCAGGCACAUAGUAAAACUCCUAAACCUGCUCUGAUGGCCACUCUGAAGUUCCCCGUGAUGGGGCUGGGCUUCUCACAGCAACUUUGCACUUCUCGUCUGUCAUAUCAGACUCCUCUCCUCGGGCCAGUAGAUUUGUGCCAUCCUACUAACUGCACUGCUGCUGCCCACCCACACCAGAUUGCUGUUCCGGGGAAAGAAGGUGGAGUCCCGCAGGUGCUGGUUCAGCCCAGUCAUGGCACUCAGGCAGACCAUGGGCGUGUCCCGUCCUGCCCCUCAGCAGACACGCCCCAUCCUCCACCCUCCAGCAGCAGCGGCGAUACAGAUGUGUUGUUGAGAAGUGAAGGGAAGAGUGUGUCCCCUUCAGAUGCCCCCGAGACAACCUUCACCAGGAAAGUGGGAGCCUUCGUCAACAAACCCACCACACAGGUGACCACUGCCAGUCUGGAUCUGCCGUUUGCUGCAUUUGCUCCCAGAGGUUAUGACCUGGAGGAGAACGACCCGAUGGUACAGCCGCCAUCAUCACCCACCCCCUCCUCUCCAUUACAAGACAGUCUUCACUCACAGAGCUCCAGCCAGAGUGGAGGCCAAGCACAAGACGAUUUUGUCAUGGUUGAUUUUAAACCAGCGUUCUCUAAGGACGACCUCCUCCCGAUGGACCUGGGCACUUUUUACCGAGAGUUUCAGAAUCCUCCCCAACUCACAAGCCUUUCCAUCGAUGUCAGUGCGCAGUCUAUGGCUGAAGACUUGGACUCUCUGCCAGAGAAGCUGGCCAUCUACGAGAAGAACAUUGAUGAGUUCGAUGCAUUUGUGGACACACUACAGUAGAUCGCAACUGAAUCAGAAUACUCUUAAGAAAGUCUUUCUUUUUUUCUUUUUCUUUUCUUUCCUUCAGCCAAAACAUUAUAUGGCUGAUUGCUUUGGGGUUUCCUGCUCAUCUGAUGUUUAUUGCCUACGUUUAAGCCAUCCGCUGUAAUAUUUAAAGCUCUUUUCUUUGCAUCCACUUCCUGAUAUUCUUGAGCAUGAUUCAUGAUUCCAGCCUGGACUUUUGUGAUGUUUUAGGUAAAUAGUUAAUAGUAAAAAAAAAAAACAAA